AUGCGUGCUGAAAUUGCUAGUUUACCCCGAAAUGGGAAAGCAAAAGAUGAAGUAUGGAACUGGGAAUUGGCCAAACGUAUCCCUCCUUCUGUCAACUCUCUGCAACAUCGAUCAAACCCAAAUGACAUCGCUCUGUUCAUCUUCGGUGACAUCCUGAACGAUGCGGGGACUAACAACUACAUAAACACCACCGCUUUUUUCAAAGCAAAUUUUUCUCCAUAUGGCGAGACUUUCUUUCACUAUCCCACUGGCAGAUUCACUGACGGUCGUAUUAUGGCUGAUUUCAUUGCUGAAUAUGCGAAGCUGCCACUGAUCCCACCUUAUCUCCAGCUCAGGAAUGACCAAUUUGUGGGAGGAGCAAAUUUCGCGUCCGCUGGAGCUGAUGCUUUACCUGAAACUUUCCCGGGAAUAGCCGUGGAUUUCAAGACGCAGUUGAAGCAGUUUGAGAGUCUGGUGAAGAAUCUGAGGGAUAAACUGGGGGAUGAGAAGGCGGAGAGAAUAGUUUCGCAUGGUGUUUACUUUAUCAGCAUCGGAAUCAGCGACUACGCCGCUGUUCUCAACAAUCCUGCUUUGUUUCGGUCCGUUUCCAUGGAAGAUUACGUCGGGAUGGUGGUUGGCAACAUUAGCACUGUGCUUGAGGAUAUAUAUAAACUUGGAGCAAGAAAAUUUGGAUUUACUACAAUACUACCUGUUGGGUGCCUCCCGGCCAUUCGACUGGCCACUGGAAACGAUUCUUGUUUGAGACAAGGUACUGAGUUAACAAAGCUUCACAACGCGGCUUUUCCCGUGACUCUCGCCAAGCUAGAUUCUCAAUUCCAAGGUUUCAAGUACUCCCUCUUCGACUUGUACACUUCCUUGACUGAAAUAAUCCAAUACCCAUCAAAUUAUGGUUUCAAGGAUGGGAAGACCACGUGUUGUGGGUCAGGACUGUAUCGAGGCAAUUAUAGCUGUGGGGGCACAAGGGGGGUGAGAGAGUACUCGUUGUGCCCUAAUCCCGCGUACUACGUGUUCUUCGACUCUGAUCAUCUGAGCGAGAGAACUUAUCAUCAAUUUGCCCAAUUGAUAUGGAAUGGAAGUUCGCCCAAUGCCAAGCCUUAUAACCUAGAAGCAUUGUUCAAACAUGGAAACAUUUGA